CAACGGAGCCGGUCAUGGAGCGAGCUAUACUUGUGGUCUUAGUUGCUGCCCUUAGCUGUGUUCUCGGGGCAGAAGAGAAUUCGUGCGGUGACUGCCUGAUACUGACGCCUUACAUCCGAAAUGGCAACGCAUCCUUAGCGAGAGAACUUUCAGAAGUAAACUCAACAGCCUUUAUAGGACUUAAGAGUCACUCUGGUUUUAUAACGGUGAAGGAAGAAUACAACUCCAAUCUCUUCUUUUGGUUCUUCCCAGCUGCCACUAAUUUAUCAGAAACUCCUCUAAUUAUAUGGUUGCAAGGUGGCCCUGGUUUUUCUUCUAUGAAAGGACUGUUUGAUAUCAUCGGCCCAAUCAAGGUGGAAAAUGGAAAAGCGGUUCGAAGGAAUAUAUCCUGGUCUGACCAUUCCCUGCUGUUCCUUGACAACCCGGUCGGUGCUGGCUUCAGCUUUACCGAUGACGACGACGGAUACACAGAUAACGAGGAUGAUGUCGGAGAACAAAUGUUGGUGUUCUUGGAGCAAUUCCUAAUGAUGUUUCCAGAGAUAAGAUCAGCUCCUCUGUUCGUGGUCGGAGAAUCUUACGCGGGGAAAUAUGUGCCAGCUCUCGGCAUCCAGAUCCAUAGACAUAAUAAGAACAACCCCAGUAACCAUAUCAAUUUGAAGGGUAUCGCAAUCGGCAAUGGUCUGGUUGAACUCCGACAGAUGAUGCACUACAGCACCAUGUGCAGUGUGCUGGGCGUGCUCGAGGGUCCUCAGAUCGAACAGGUGGAGAUGCUAGAGAAAAAGGUCAUCCAACUCAUUGACGCCAAGAAGAUGAUCGAUGCUGCUAACACAUUCAAUGAAACGAUAGAAUACAUAAAGAAACAGACCGGCAUCAGUGUUUACAACUUCAUGGAGGAACCUUCAUCAGGGGCACCAGACUUUGAAGAGUUCCUCAACAGGACUGACGUUAAAGAACUGAUACACGUGGGCAACGCCACCUUCAUACUGAACAAUCAACUGGUUUAUCAGAAGAUGUUGCCAGACUUCGCAAACACUACCAAGCCUUUCAUUGAAGAACUAUUGGAACAUUAUGGAGUUCUGGCCUAUAACGGGCAACUAGACAUGAUUCUAGGGUACAGUUUAUCGAAACACAUGUACGAUACGCUGAAAUGGUCCCGACGUGAGUCCUACUUCCAAUCCCCCAGGCGGCGCCUGCGCAAGUACGUUAAUGGAUCCGUUGUCGGGUAA